AUGGUCGGUCGGUUUCGUAAAUUUCAGAAAUUGGUCGGUCAAACGAACGGUCAGAAAAAUGACAUGUUAUAACCGUUCGAAAAACUGAACGGUCAUAUCAGUUGAACGGUCUAAUUGGUCGAACGGUCGAAUUUUAGAACACUACUGCGUACUGCUUGAGCUUGGCGUCGUCAAAGUUGUUUUGGACGUCGUAGGAGUGCUAGUUGAGGUGGAAGUAGUGGUUGGCGUCGUAGUAGAAGUGACAGAGGUCUGGGGCAUAGUUCUGGUCGUUGAAGUCGUAGACGUCGUCGAGGGCGUACUGGUUGAAGAGGUCGUCGGUGUUCUUGUAGGUGUUGUAGAAGUGGUAGGAGUACUACUGGUCGGAGUCGUGGACGACGGAGUGGUUGUAGAAGUGGUAGAAGUGGUAGAAGUGGUAGAAGUGGUAGUAGUACUACUGGUCGGAGUCGUGGACGACGGAGUGGUUGUAGAAGUGGUAGAAGUGGUAGAAGUACUACUGGUCGGGGCCGUGGGCGUCGGCGCGGUCGUAGGUGUUGUAGAAGUGGUAGGAGUACUACUGGUCAAAGUCGUCGACGACGGAAUGGUUGUAGGUGUUGUAGAAGUGGUAGAAGUGCUACUGGUCGGGGUCGUGGGGGUCGGCGUGGUUGUAGGUGUUGUAGCAGUGGUAGGAGUACUACUGGUCGAAGUUGUGGACGACGGAGUGGUUGUAGUAGUGGUAGAAGCCGUAGGAGUACUACUGGUCGAAGUUGUGGACGACGGAGUGGUUGUAGUAGUGGUAGAAGUCGUAGGAGUACUGCUUGUCGGUGUAGUCGUGGAAGUCGGCGUUGAUAUAGUCGUGGUAGAAGUCGUGGGAGUACUGCUGGUUGUUGAACUUGUGGAUGAAGUAAUUUUUGAAGUUGACAUUGUAGUUGUAGUUGUUGAGGUGGAAGUAGAGGUAGUAGGAGUGGUUGACGUCGUUGUAGAAGUCGUCGUUAGCGAGCAGUUUGUGAAAUCUUCCAUUUCUACCAUUUUGCAGAGACCAUCCGAGAACCAAUUUCUCACACUCCCGCUUAUGCAGUAUGCUUAAAAUUAUAAAAAAAUAGAUCUAAUUUUCUUUUAACAUACAUAGAUUGUAGGUUGUACUUUCAGCGCGUACUGAGGAGCCUGGAAAAAAAAAUGGAUUGCAUAAUUUAGAGUUUUUGGAACUUUGGAAUUUUGAAAAUUAUUGAGAACGUUGGACCAAAGUACACACUUUUCGAAAAAGUUCACUUUCAAGUCUCCACUCAACUUAAUAAAAAUUUUCAAGAAAAACGUUCAAACCUCCGAUUCCUAAUACAAUCAUAAGCCUGAAUAGAAGCAUGCCGGACGGCAUUGCUUCUCGAAAAAAUGAAGGAAAGCUGAAACUUUGCUCCUCUUUCUCAAGUUUUCCCGAAUGGCUAUCCAUUUUGUUACUACUGGUAACGUUUCCGGUUGUCUUGGAGAAAAAAUUUGAAAAAUGAAGAUUGCUCUCUUUUGAACUCGUCGAAACUCAAAAGCAAACUUAUAUUUGAAAAAAGAAGACCUAGUAAAUUAAAUAUUUACUAUUGAGAAUUUAUGGUUAGGGACCGCAAACGAAUUUUUAAAAAAUUUUUUUCAGCAUUGAGCUUUGUAUGGUUUGAUAGCUGUUUCGAUUCAAAAACUCAGAACCGUUUAGUUUUUUUCGAAAAAAAGAUUGAGGAUGAAAAAAAGUUAUGACGAAAAAAAUGUGGCGCGCCGCGCACCAUUUUUAGUACUGAAAAUUUUUGGUAUUAUCCAUUUUUUUGACAUUUUCCUCGAUUUUUCUUCUGGAACAAGUUUUGAUACUGGUCUAAUAUGAUGUAACAAAUCAUAAUAGAGUGCUAAAAUGAUAAAAAUUAGCUAGUUUGCCGAAAAAGUCGGUAUUUUCCAGAAAACAAAAAACUGACGCUUGCGGGCAUCGAACUCGCGACCUCAAAAUGAAAAGUCGCAGCGCACGCGCUGCGCCAAGCUGUUAGGUCUAGUGAGGGGAGCUUCCAUCCGCCUUACCCUUGAGCCGUUUGGAUAGCACAGAUUGCCUAUUUCAAAAAUGAAAAUUUGAAGUAAUUUAGCUAUUUUUAUCAGAAUAUGUUCGCAAAUCUUUACUCAAACUUUCCGUGGAAAUUCACUUCGAAAAAAAGCUGUUUUUUUUAGUGCUUUUUUUGCCUCGUUAAACGAUCGCUGCAUUAAAAACGGCCCCGUAAAUUUUUUUGGCAAAGACGAAUUUUUUUAUUUUAUUCUUUUUAAUUGAAAGAUUUUUUUACUAAUAAAUGUAUAUAAUUGUUUGAAAAAAACCUGCGUUCGACCGCUUUCUGUGUGAUAAACGCCGCUAAUUUUUUUCUCUAUUUUUCAAGAGCAUUUUUUUGCGUAUCAAACAACUUUUUUUCAAGCACAGAUGUUGUGGAGAAAAAAAUUUAAGUAAGCCCCAAAUCUAAAUUCUGAAAAAAACAAAAAAACUCGAUUAUAUUCGCUUAUUAACGAUAUUUUUGAAUUAUGACUUUCGGCACUCGCUAAAAAUUUUUUUGGCAAAGACGAAUUUUUUUAUUUUAUUGUUUUAAAAUUACCGUUACUUGAAUCAAAAAUCAUUAUUUGAAAAAAAGAAAGAGUGCGUUCGACCUGAAAACACAUGAAAAAGCAAAAAAUGACAAACUUUUUUAGUCCCAUUCACGUUUUUGUACGACAUUUCGCGCGAACGCAUCAAAAAAGCGUGAAAUAUUUUUUAAACGAAAGAGGAAGCUUUUCUGUACAUGUGUGUCAAAAUUUAUUAUCCAGUUCCAUAUAUUUUGCAACUAAAACAAAAUGAAAGUUGAAAACCAAAAAAAAGCCACUUUUUCUAUCGCGAAAAGGGGCGUGGCUUUGCGGUCCCUAUUUAUGGUUCAUACAUGGAUUUUUAUUUCUCGUCUAAUCUCGCCCUAUGAGACAUUCUAUCGAAACUUUAUCAAACUGAAAAAAAUUAAUUGGAACUUCGAAAAAUUUCUUGAACUUUCAUCAAAUUAGAAAAAUGAUAUAGAAGAUUUUUUUCCGCCGUGACAGCUUUUUUUCAAGUAAUAUACUUAAAAAAAUUGAUAUUUCGACUACACUUUUUAAACGAAUCAUGCACCGAACAUUCAAUUCGUUCCAUUUCGUGUGAAUUUGAAACAUCAAAAAAAAAAGUCUGAAAAACCCUUAAAAUCAUUUUAAAUACUCUUCAAUAUAAUCAAUAAAAAACCAACAAAAAAGAUUCAAAGCCCGCUAAAAUAUGCAUUUUUUGUGAUUGGCCGUCUUAAUGUCAAAAAAAAAAAAACAAUUAACUUUGAAGUGAUUCCUGUAUAUAAAUCAAAGAUUGUUUGCGGGAUUUUUUUUAGAAAACUCCAAAGUGUAGAGGAAACAUGCCUUCCUUACAAAUUCCAUAACUUUCCUUAAACAUACUGGAUAAGUCUGGUGGCGCCGUCCGAUGCUCUGUAUCUGAUUCUGGAGGUGUUGUGCACUUUUCACGGACUUCGCAGAUGUUGCUAUAUCCAAUCACAUCUGAAGUUAUGGACAUUACAAAAUUUUGUUUAAUUUUUGAUUGAAUGGGGAGCUUUGUUAAUUUGCUGUCUUAUCAUCUUUUGGAAAUACACAAAAAUUCCUACCUCCGAAAAUCAUCAACGCAGAAAACAGUAUGCUCACCAGCAUUGUUUUUUUGAACUAAAACAGAAAUAAGAGAAAUUAUUUUUAGGCAAGUGCAAUUAGCUUUGUAUCUACUGGUAACGUUUUCGGUUGUCUUAGAGAAAGAAAUUAGCAUUUUUGGCACUUUCGCAGAAAAAAGGGAGAACAAAUUAAAAGGUUUUAACACUUUCAAAACCGUUUAGGAGCCGUAAAUUUGAUGUAAACGACUUGAGGUCGUUCAGAAUAUUCAACAUCACUCAAGUGGCACCUCGGUUAGAAUACUUUACGACCCUGCCAUUUCAAUAUAAAUCCGUUAUCAGACGGAGAAUGAAUAGGUACCCAUUGAUAAGGAUCCACGCAAUCGUUGUGCCCAUGCUGCUGUUGCUGCUGCUCCUUUGCGCGCCAUUCAACGUCUUCGGCGAAUCCUUCUUCGUGAGUUUGGUCAAGUUGAAAAAACUUUCGUCAACUCGCAAAACUUUUUUUUAAAAUAUUAACUCAAGGUAAUAAAAUAAAGCUCAAGUAUUUCAUUUCCGGCAAACUUCGUUCUAACAAAACUCGCCUGAAAACUUCAAAAAACAUUAAAUAGGACCAGCCAAACUGAAAUCUUAAAGUGCAAAUCUCGAAUUCAAGCUACAACCUUUUUUUUUCUAAAUCCAGAAAUCUAUAUCCAAGCAUUGAAAUUCGCCAAAAAAAAACUCGUGAACAGCCUCAACUUGAAUUAUUUGAACUCGAUUUUUUUUUUUACUUUUCUUCAGCACCAAGAAUGCCGGGAAACAUUGCGAAAAGGCCGACAAGUGGUGAAAGAUGUGUCUCGAGCGUUGGCUCACCAUGAAAGAGUCCGACUCUCCAACAACUUACAUCUCGCCAAACUGACCAUCUUCGAUAAAACUGUUAGUUUCAUUUUCUUCAAGCUUUAAGUUGAUUGCGACUAGCAAAAAAAAAGACUUGACAGAGUUAUUUCCAACUUUUAAACUGAAGUCCUCGCAUUGAAUCUUUCUCAAUGUAAUGGCACCUUCAAAGUGGGUGAAUAGGCUCCAGAGAGUUGACUUCCGCGAAAUUCGAAUGAACCGCCACAGUUAAUAAGAAAACUUAAUUCUGGAUAGUCAGAAAUUAUUUUAAAUUUCCCGGAAUCAGUUUAAACACGACAUUAUCACAGAAGAAGAUUUCCCAAUAACUUCUGUCAAAAUCUCCGAAAAUAACGAGAAUUUUUCUCGAGUCAAGUUUAUGUUCCAUUGACAAGCCUUUCAGGGCCUAGUGAGCCGAUCAGAGAACUUCCAAGAAUUGAUCGCACGACGAGACGAUCAGCCAUGUCCCCAGCCCAAUUCUACCAUGUUCACGACGACUACGGUGUCUCCGCCGCCGACGACGUCUGCGGGGGCUACUUCUUCACCAGCGAGCGCCUCUACAGCUGCAGGCCAGUCCACGACGUCCCUUGGAGGUUCGCCGACGUCCUUGACAGGCGGUUCUUCGACGUCUAACGGAGCCUCUACGACUCCACCUCAAGCCAGUUCCUCAGCAUCGUCACAAUCGCCUCCAGAAGGUCCAUUCAAGUUCGCACCCGUCUACACAAAACCCGAAGAUGACCCAUUUGUAAAGUAUAUGUCGACUCUUCAUGUCAGUUUUCUAUUGGAAAAUUUACUAGAUGAUUAUUUUAGUACUACAUGAACCGAGAAGAGCACGUCUGCGAUAACAAAGUUUCCGAUUUGAAUAGCCUCACCGAGGACCAGCUAUUCGGCUACUUUUCCACUUUGGCUGUCGCUCAUCCAGGUUUUAAGUGAUCUUCGCGUGGACGAGAUAAAACCUUGAAACAGGCCCUUUCUGCUCAUUAUGCCAUCGGCUGACAACUGAAGUUGAGCAGAGGCUACUGAUUCCGAGCCGGGUUCUUCAUUCGGUUCAGUAAUGAUCAUCUUAUAAAAUCAUAACUUUUUAAAGGAUGAUGAAUAUCAUUUGGUCGAACUUUUACUGUCCCAAGUUCCAAAAGCAAAAACGAUAUGCUCAGCGAUCGCUCCAGGAUGUCAUGAAAACUAUGAAAACACAGGUAGAACAUAACUCCUAGUUAUCGUUCAAUUGCUUUUUUUUCAGUGAGAAACCUGACAACUUCUGUAAUUUGUUUAGAAUGUACCGGUUGCAUGUCGAUCACCAACGUUAUUCAGGUAAUCUGAGGAAAAAUUGCUUUUUUCCAAAAAGUACUUUCAGCACAGAUUCCUGCUGCAACCGACUGUUGUGCAGAACGCACUCAAUUUCUUGAAAGCUUCCCUCUUUCACAAUAUUUGUGCGGAACUUUGUCUCGCCUUCCAGGGAAAAAAUCUGACGCUCUUUCCUAACGGCUUCUCUUAUAAUGGGGUUGAACAAACAAUCUUCUUUCAGAAAAACUUGAAAAUUUUAGUGUCAAUCAUUUAUGGAAACUAAAUACCUUCAAAUCGUUGAGAUAGCUACUGUUAUUUUACGACCUGAAAGGCUUUGCAGUCUGGUAAAUAACUGAAUCCAAUGAAACCUGUUUUUUUUUUUUCUUCUUAGGAACUCGGAUGGUGCGAACUAAACGAACAACCAAACGCCAUACAUUGCCUUCGAGAGCUUUGUGUAGAAUGUAAGUGAAGGGAAAAAUAAAUAAUGAUUUACCGCCUGUUCCAGAUUUCAAAGAAACUCCACAGACCGCCUGGUUGUGCAGCCAAAUUCCAGAUAGCCCACAGCAAGCCGACCAAUACUUAAAUAUACGACAAACUAAGAUAUAUAAAGAGAAGAAAGAAUACCAUCGUAAAUUCGAAAGUUUGAAACACGACGAGUUGUAA